GCCGUGCCGCUGUGCCGUUCUCGUGUCGAGUUGGUGACGGUCAAGCGCUUGCGUGCAUGCAGCAGCCAACGAUCGAGCUGCUGGCCACGCAAGCCCAUGACCCAAGUACAGUAGGCGCGCACAGGUAUACUGUACUGUAAGCGCAUAUAACAGUACCAUCCGCGCCGCUUGCUCCUUCCCACGUCUCGCCACCACCAUCCUGCUUGUGUGAUCAAUCCCAUCCCAUCCGCUCAUCCAUUCACAACUUCCCUCACUCACCAGCACCUCACCUCUUCCAUUUGCAUAAUGCACGCUUCAUCUUACCUCGUCGCCGCUGUCGGCUUCGCCGCUUACGCCUACGCCCAAGGCACCAACGGCUUCACUGUCGCCACCCCCAGUGGUCUGGUUCAAUGCCAGCCAGUACGUCUGACUUGGAUGGGAGGUGUUCCCCCUUACUUCCCUCGUAUCUCCCAACCCGGACAAGUUGGCCAGAUCAUCGAGCAGUUCCCUCAGACCACCGACACCUUCUACGUCUGGACUGUCAACCAGCCAGUCGGCCAGACUGUCACCAUCGCUGUUGGUGACUCCAACGGUGAGGUCGUCGGCUCUGCCAUCACCCCAGCCAUUGUUGCCGGAUCUUCAAGCUGGUGAGUUUUGCCCCAUUUCUUCCCAAUCUCUUGGUAGACGGAGUAGGCAGAGUGUCUGCGCGCAAAGAUUCAACGGCGGGCAGACAAAUUUUGGUGACUGCUGAGCAAUCGGUGGUGCCCCGCACCCGGCGCCCGACCUGUUUCGUUUUCCUGGUGGCGUCAUGCGCGCAUGACCGGCGUUGCCCGUGGCGUGUCGAUGGUUUGCCAGUCCUGCUGACGCGCGGUAGUAUUUCUCAAUCCUCCUCAACAGCUUGAAUGGAAACGGUGGCUCUGCCUCCAACAGCGGUUCUGCCUCCUCUACUGGCUCUACCUCCAGCUCUUCCGGCUCGU